AUGUCGUCCACCCAGAGCGUCCAGUGCUUCGGCAAGAAGAAGACCGCCACCGCGGUUGCCCAGUGCAAGGCUGGCAAGGGCCUCGUCAAGGUCAACGGCAAGCCCCUCUCGCUUGUCCAGCCUGAGAUCCUCCGCUUCAAGGUCUACGAGCCCCUCCUCGUCCUCGGCCUCGACAAGUUCGCCAACAUCGACAUCCGCGUCCGCGUCACCGGUGGUGGUCACACUUCCCAGAUCUACGCCAUCCGCCAGGCCAUCGCCAAGUCUGUCGUCGCCUACUACCAGAAGUUCGUCGACGAGCACUCCAAGAACAUGCUCAAGCAGGCCCUCGUCCAGUUCGACCGCACCCUCCUCGUCGCCGACAACCGCCGCUGCGAGCCCAAGAAGUUCGGUGGUGUUGGUGCCCGCUCCAGAUUCCAGAAGUCCUACCGUUAA